GGGGAUUAUAUUUGUUAUACCGAGACUGAUAAUAAAAUAUCUGCCUGGUUUGAAGCUUAUCAUUCAGAAUGUAGCAAGUGAAUGCCUAAUACCGAAACAUGAGUUAUUAGAUUAAAUGUCUUAUGUUUGGUAGUUUAUUUCUUCACCGUAUGCAGAUUAUUCUUGCAUUCGUUGUGGCUGUUGAAAUAUUUAGCUGCAUCAACGCCAGGACAAUUUCCAAAAGCGAAGUGAGAGGAAGAAGCAGAAAUAAGCAUAUCUAUGGUGGACUAGGAGCAAAAUGGCGAUCGUAUUUAAAAGCGAGAUGUAUUAAAGGUAACAAAAGCUGGAGUUCGUGGUCACCCUUUGGAUUGUGCAGUGUGACUUGUGGCGGGGGAAAACAAAAAAGAACUAGAAUUUGUUGCAAUCCGGUACCUGCAGAUGCCGUAAAAAGCUGUCCUGGAUCUAAUAUUUCAUCACAAAGCUGCAACACCAAUAAAUGUCCAGCUAAAGCAAACUGGGCUUCGUGGUCCAGCUAUGGGGAUUGUAGUGUGACCUGUGGCGGAGGGGAACAAGAAAGAUCUCGAUCCUGCAUCAACCCCGCCCCAAAAGAUGGUGGAGAUAAAUGUCCUGGUUCCUCCGUUUCAUCACAGAGCUGUAAUACUAACGGGUGUCCAGUUGAUGGAGGCUGGAGUGAAUGGACAUCAUUCGACGCCUGUACUGUGACCUGUGGCGGGGGAGAACAAACAAGAUAUAGAUGUUGUUCCAAUCCUCCUCCUGAGUAUGGGGGAAAACCGUGUACUGGACCCUCCACAUCAGUACAAAUCUGCAACACCCGCGUGUGUCCAACUGACGGAAACUGGGCUUCGUGGUCCAGCUAUGGGGAUUGUAGUAUGACCUGUGGCGGAGGGAAACGAGAACGAUCUCGGUCCUGUACCAACCCCGCCCCAAAAGAUGGUGGGGAAGACUGUCCUGGUUCCUCCGUUUCAUCACAGAGCUGUAACACUAAGGGGUGUCCAGUUGAUGGAGGCUGGAGUGUAUGGUCACCUUUCGAUACCUGCACUGUGACGUGUGGUGGGGGAGAACAAACAAGAUAUAGAAGCUGCGCCAACCCUCCACCUCACUAUGGCGGAAAGUCGUGUACUGGAGACUCUGUCUCAGUACAAAGCUGUAACACUCGGAAAUGUCCAACUGACGGAAAUUGGACUCCGUGGUCUAACUAUGGGGUUUGCAGUUUAUCUUGCGGUGGGGGGAGGCAAGACAGAACUCGAUCCUGCACCAACCCUGCCCCAAAAGAUGGUGGAGAUAAAUGCCUUGGUUCCUAUGUUUCAUCACAAAGCUGUAAUACUAACAAGUGUCCCGUUGACGGGGUGUGGAGUGCAUGGUCGGGGUAUGGUAAAUGUAGCGUGAGUUGUGGCGGGGGACAACAACAAAGAACUAGAACCUGUUCCAAUCCUACUCCUGAAUAUAAUGGAAAACCAUGUGCUGGAGACUCCGCCUCAGUGAAAAGUUGUAACACAAAAACAUGUCCAACUCACGGAAACUGGGCUUCGUGGUCUAGCUAUGGGAAAUGUAGUGUGACCUGUGGCGGAGGGAAACGAGAAAGAUCUCGGUCCUGUACCAACCCCGCCCCAAAAGAUAGUGGAGAUAAAUGCCCUGGUUCCUCCGUUUCAUCACAGAGCUGUAACCCUAAGGGGUGUCCAGUCGAUGGCGGCUGGAGUACAUGGUCGUCGUAUAGUAGCUGUAGUGUGAAUUGUGGCGGCGGAAAAAAAAUACGAACUAGAAGCUGUUCCAGUCCUCUUCCUCAAUAUGGCGGGAAAUUAUGUGCUGGAGAUUCCGCCGUAAUGCAAAGCUGUAAUGCUCAGACAUGUCCAACUGACGGAAACUGGGCUUCGUGGUCUGCCUUUGGGGCUUGCAGUGUAACUUGUGGCGGAGGGGAACAAGAAAGGACUCGAUCCUGUACCAACCCCGCCCCAAAAGAUCGUGGAAAGAAAUGUACUGGUUCCUCCGUUUCAUCACGAAGCUGUAACAUUAACGGGUGUCCAGUUGACGGGGGUUGGAGUGCAUGGUCGUGGUAUGAUAUUUGUAGCGUGAGUUGUGGCGGGGGACAACAACAAAGAACUAGAACCUGUUCCAAUCCUACUCCUGAAUAUAAUGGAAAACCAUGUGUUGGAGACUCCGCCUCAGUGAAAAGUUGUAACACAAAAAUAUGUCCAACUGACGGAAACUGGACUCCGUGGUCCAGCUAUGGGGAUUGUAGCGUGACCUGUGGAGGAGGGGAACAAGAAAGAUCUCGAUCCUGUACCAACCCUGCCCCAAAAGAUGGUGGAGAUAAAUGUCGUGGUCCCUCCUUUUCAUCACAAAGCUGUAAUACUAACGGGUGUCCAGCUGAUGGAAACUGGGCUUCGUGGUCUACUUAUGGAGUUUGCAGUAUGACCUGUGGUGGAGGGGAACAACAAAGAACUCGAUCUUGCACCAACCCCGCCCCCAAAGAUGGUGGAGAUAAAUGUCCUGGUUCGUCGGUUUCAUCACGAAGCUGUAACACUAACGGGUGUCCAGUUGACGGGGACUGGAGUGCAUGGUCGGGGUAUGGCACAUGUAGUGUGAGUUGUGGCGUGGGACAAAAGCAAAGAACUAGAACCUGUUCCAAUCCUACUCCUCAAUACAAUGGUAAACCAUGUGUUGGAAACUCCGCCUCAGUGAAAAGCUGUAACAUACAAACAUGUCCAACUGAUGGAAACUGGACUCCGUGGUCCGGCUAUGGGGUUUGUAGCGUGACCUGUGGAGGAGGGAAACAAGAAAGAUCUCGAUCCUGCACCAAUCCCGCCCCAAAAGAUGGUGGAGAUAAAUGCCCUGGUUCCUCCGUUUCAUCACGAAGCUGUAACACUAACAGGUGUCCAGUAAACGGAGGCUGGAGUGAAUGGCUAUCGUUUGACGACUGUACUGCGACUUGUGGCGGAGGGCAACAAAAAAUAUAUAGAAGCUGUUCCAAUCCUUCUCCUGAGUAUGGUGGAAAAUCAUGUACUGGAGACUCCACCUCCGUGCUAAGUUGUAACACUCGGAAAUGUCCAACUGAUGGAAACUGGGGUUCGUGGUCCAGUUAUGGGGAUUGUAGUGUGACCUGUGGCGGAGGUAAACGAGAAAGAUCUCGGUCCUGUACCAAUCCCGCUCCAAAAGAUGGUGGAGAAGACUGUCCUGGCUCGUCGGUUUCAUCCCAAACCUGUAAUACUAAUGGGUGUCCAGUCGAUGGGGGAUGGAGUGCAUGGUCGGAGUAUGAUAGCUGUACUGUGACCUGUGGCGGGGGACAACAAACAAGAUAUAGAAGCUGUUCCAACCCUCCUGCAUAUGGAGGAAAUCUAUGUAUAGGGCCCUCCACCUCAGUCAAAAGCUGUAAAACCCACAAAUGUCCAACUGAUGGAAACUGGGCUUCGUGGUCUAGCUAUGGACCUUGCAGUGUGACCUGUGGCGGAGGGAAACAAGAAAGAUCUCGAUCCUGCUCCAACCCCGCCCCAAAAGAUGGUGGAGAUAAAUGUCCUGGUUCCUCCGUUUCAUCACGAAGCUGUAAUACUAACGGGUGUCCAGUUGAUGGAGGCUGGAGUGUAUGGUCACCUUUCGAUACCUGCACUGUGACGUGUGGUGGGGGAGAACAAACAAGAUAUAGAAGCUGCGCCAACCCUCCACCUCACUAUGGCGGAAAGUCGUGUAGUGGAGACUCCGCCUCAGUACAAAGCUGUAACACUCGGAAAUGUCCAACUGACGGAAACUGGGCUUCGUGGUCCAACUAUGGGCCUUGCAGUUUAACUUGUGGUGGAGGGACACAAGAAAGAUCUCGAUCCUGCACCAACCCCGCCCCAAAAGAUGAUGGCGAAGACUGUCCUGGCUGUUCCGUUUCAUCGCAAAGCUGUAACACUAACGGAUGUCCAGUCGAUGGAGGCUGGAGUGAAUGGUCAUCAUUCGAUGCCUGUACUGUGACCUGUGGUGGGGGAGAACAAACAAGAUAUAGAUGUUGUUCCAAUCCUCCUCCUGAGUAUGGGGGAAAACCAUGUACUGGGCCCUCCACGUCAGUACAAAUCUGCAACACCCGCGUGUGUCCAAAGUGAUCCAAAACGGUCCCAGAGGAACGAAACGCUGUACUAUUUUGAGGAGCAGUGCAUCUGAAUAUGUAAAGAUAUGAAAAUAUUAAAGUGUUUCGGAAACGUU